GUCGCCAGCUCUUGGUGAACUGUGCCCGGCGUUUGCUGUUCACUGGCACCGAGAGCGGUAGUGUUACUUGUUGUGGGUUCAUGUCUGGUUUGCUUUCCCGUGUGUCAUAAUGAAGAAGAAUCCAAACGUAACCGAUGUAUGUGCUGACUGGCAUUGUUUGGACGGCAGUGAAUUGGAAGCUAGCCCUCGCACGUCCGAAAAUAACCAGGAUGAAACCCCAGUGUUGUCGAGAAGACCAUCUGGUAGUUGCUUAAAAAGUCCGGGAAAGACACCACCAGGAACGCCAACGGAAAAAAAGCAAGUGCGUUUUGCUGACGAAGCUGAUGAAGCUGAUGACCUGGCAGAAAGCGUACGUGUCGCCUUUGAUGACUUGGGGGAGGCGAGCUCCCCGACAUGUCCCGUUUCAUCAAACAACACGUGCCUUCGACAUAACAACAUGGAUACGCCACUACAAGACGAAUACAGAUACCUAGCAGCGUGUUUCCCGCAACCUGGUGCUCUCGCCGGAUUUCUACAGCGAGUAAACGAUCAGAAAGUAUGCUUGGAGAGUCUAGUUGUCGCCGAAGACAUGACGAUAUUGGGGACCAUACGAGUCGCCAACACUGCCUACGUUAAACACGUUAACGUGCGUUUCACCACUGAUAACUGGAAAAAAUAUUACGAUAUUCCGACCAAUUAUGUUCAGAACUCAUGUGAUGGGGCUACCGACCAGUUCUCGUUCAGUUUAUCGCUACCAAAUAAUUUCACCGUUGGCACGCGCUUGGAAUUCGCUGUAUUUUACCGGCUGAAUGGUCAAGAAUAUUGGGACAACAACAACCAGUCGAAUUAUAUCGUGGCUUGCUACGCGAAAACUGCUUGUCCCAACGAUUACCGUGACAGAUGGUGGCAUCACUUUGUGUAAAAUGUCACUAUGUUUCCGGAUACUAGGCGUAACCCCUACGAUACUCAUUGCAACUUGAAUUCAGAUAAAACUAUUCAAUAACGUUUUGUAGUCCAGUACAACUGCUAGCACGAACUCAUCACCCACUUGACUUGGUAACUGGUACGGAAUUGUCUCCGUCGUCUAUGUACACAAAUGUAAUAACUAAUCGGAUUAAUAACUAGCAAGCAAUUUUCGUGAUUAUGCUUUUAUUCAGAGUAAGUUGUUAGUAUAGUGUUGUUAUGAGAGUAGUUAUGCAGCUGAUUCUUAUAGUCCAGUCAAAAUGCAUUUAAACAUGGCACUUAUUACAAAAGGAAGUAUGUUCAUUGUAACAAGUCAAAAAUCAGCAACAUAUCAUAGAUAUAACAAAAUCGAUGUAAGGGAAAGCUGUUAAAAAAACAAAAACAUGUUAUUUCUCAGUAUUUGCUUUCAAAAGAGCAGUUUUUUUUUCUCUAGUCAUUGGUUAUGUAAUUGCCAUUCAACUUCUCUAAUUUUAGAAAUGAAAGUACAGGUGACGGCUUGUGGCAUUACUAUCUGACCAACCGUUGACGAGAUCUGUUACCAUGAACAGAUUUUAUGCAAUUAGUGCCAGGUUAUGCACGAUUUGUCGAUAAAUUGACUGGACUAGUAAACUGACAUUUAGUGUCAAUGUGCGAUGCUUUCCAUCAAGGUGUACUUGCAUUUCAAAAACAGUUAAUACAAAUGUUUAAGCGAGGUUUGUCCCAUAAAACGACCAGCUGUGAUUUGGUGCUGACCGACAAUGGGAUGACAUCAGAUUAACACGGAUAGCUCUGCUCAGUCCUGUUCUGUGCAACCACUUACAUGAGACAACCUCAUGCCAUGGUUUCGACAACUGUAAUUUUAAAUUAAUGAAUUAGAGUUGUUAAAUUUAUGUUUUAUGGAGGGGAACGUAUAACAGAUUGACGCAUAUUGUGAGCACUGAGAAACUGAUCAUAAAAUUGUGUUUUGAAUGAUCAUUUGUAUUUUGAUUUUGUGUACAUUACUCUGGGUUUCACGAAGGCGUGAAUGUGUUUAAGGACAUUUAUAAACAUUUGUUCCGAAAUAUCCUCUCGCUUCGUUUAAAUUGGAAGAAGGUUUUUUUCAUUGGAUGUAGAAAUAAUUCGGUAAUUCAUUACCGUGUAUAAUUGUGAGAUUUCGUCAAAUUUACUGCCAUGAACGCAAAAGUAGAAUUCAUAAAAUUUGUUUAAAACGCGUGAAAUCAGUGAUUUGUUCGUUGAGACAAAUUUUAAAGAAUUCGAGUACAAGUCGUACCAUUAUCGUAUGGCACAGAACGUUAAACUGCGAAAGCAAACCAGUUUCAAAGGAGAGGUUAAAGGUUAACUAACCACAGUGGAGUUCUAUACGAACGGUAUUCAUCCGCUAAGGUUUGUGAUUGUUCAUUUGGAAUAUAUAAACAUUUAUAAAAAAAAAGCUUAUAAACAAAUUCACGCUUUAAAGAAAACCCGGUGUACAUUGUUGGUUUUCGUAGUGAGAUGUAUCAUUCUCACAAAUUUUCCUUACCUACGUAUUUUUAAUUUUUUUGGUAUUUUUUGUGCCUUUUUGUGGUAAUCAUGUCAAGGUUCAACAUGCUAGACAUAUUGCGUUCCACCACACAGCUCCCAGCUAUAUGGAUAAAAUUAUGCAAAAAUAUAUAUAUUUUUUCAUCUACAACAAAUGACUGAAGUGGAAUUUGAGAAUAUUUUCAAGUGAAUGUAACAAUAAGCUUUGCGCGUUCGUAUAGAUUAAGUACAAAUCGUUAAAAAUGACUAUGUGAAUGUGGGACUCAUAAUCCUAUUGCUAACACUGCUGGCGAAUAACCGUUUAUUUACAAAGUUGACUAUUGCUCACGUUUCAACGUGCCCAAAGUUGCCUGAUAGUUUCCGCUAGCCUCGAUAUAAGGGCACCCAACUUGAAUGAUUCAGUUCCCGCAUAUAUAUAUAUAUAUAUAUAUAUUAUAGGAUAUUUCUAAUCAUUUGUAAGGUGUAUUUGUUAUAGUCAUGUUAAUAUUUCGGCAACAUGCCUUAGACCAGAACAUGGAAUGUUUCAAACCCAUAUAGAGUAUAAACUACAUGACGAUAUAUACAUUUUUUAUGAAUUAUUUACAUUUAUAUUACUAACUCAGUUAAAAUGUAAUACAUCUGAAGGCAUAUUUUCAUAUGUCGACAAUCUGAAAUAAUUUUAAAACUAUAUUUCAUCAUAUAUUGUAAUUUUUUAAACAUCUCGGUACUAAAUUUACAAUAUUACAUCAUCCGUCACUGAGUGUUGAUUGCUACCAUGUCCAUAUAUGUCUCGGUCGUGUCCAAAUAUGGAAGUGACCUGACCUUAUUUGGACAGCAGCAUGUACGAUAUUGAAUGAGUACGAGAAACUGACACAUAGUUGUGCAAAUGUAUGUUUUGAUAAUACAAUAUGUUGUAGAAAAUUGUAAUAAACACUUCAUGAAAUCAUUUGGCAA